GAUUAUGAUCGGGUGCAGACCGGAGUAAGUAGUUAUAUACUGAACUUCAUCGAUUCAUCACCAACGUAGCCAACCAUCCAUCUUAUUGACCUGGUGGAACCAAGUAUCACACUUGUUAUGUUGUAUCUCAACGUAUCAUAUUCGUGGCAAUGAGCUGGCUAGUAAGUUAGGUUACGUCCGCGCUAGUAGUCGGCAAUUACUCUUUUGUGUCAAACUCCGCGAUUUGUACAACUGUCACUGCCUGCCAGCUGGUUAUCUCAAGGUUCCAACAUUUCAAACUCGCACUUGAGGUUAAUUUUCCCUCAGGAAUAGCCAGUGGCAAAUGUCGAACACGAUCAAGGACCUUGCGGCUGGAACGGCUGGAGGAAUAGCUCAGGUCCUUGUUGGACAACCCUUCGACAUCGUGAAAGUGCGCAUGCAAACUUCGGCAAAGGGCACUUACAGUGGCAUGCUGCAUUGCGCUGGCGGUAUCUUGAAAAAUGAAGGGCCUCUGGCAUUCUAUAAGGGCACGUUAACACCAUUGCUGGGAAUUGGUGUCUGCGUAUCAAUACAAUUUGGAGUACUCGAGUAUGCAAAACGGAUAUUUAUGGCUCAAAAUCUAGCUAGGGGUGAAGGAGGAGAAGAAGGAAAGAUGCUUAGUGGGGGGCAGCUGGUCAUUGCUGGAGUAGGGGCAGGGCUUGCUAAUGGUGUAGUUUCUGGUCCAGUGGAACACAUUCGCAUUCGUCUGCAGACGCAGUCAAACACGAACCCAAUAUACAAAGGUCCAUUUAACGCAAUGAGACAAAUUGUCUCACAACACGGUAUUCCCGGACUGUUUAAAGGACAAGCUGUCACUUUUCUACGUGAAGCGACAGGCUACGGCGUCUACUUCUUGGCAUACGAAAAGCUUGUACAACGCGAAAUGACCCAGAAGGGCAUACGACGGGACCAGAUUAACCCUAUGAACUCCGUUUUGUACGGGGCGGCAGCUGGCUACGCUCUUUGGGCGGUGAUAUACCCUAUAGACAUGAUCAAAUCUAGAAUGCAGACUGAUGGAUUUACUCCUUCUACUGGGCAAAAAUAUGCUUCGGCACGGGAUUGUGUGCGGAAAGUUUGGAGAACUGAGGGAAUUGGCGCAUUUACACGUGGUCUGGGGCCCACUUUGAUUCGUUCACCAUUUGCGAAUGGGGCGACGUUCCUUGGAUUUGAGAUGGCUAGUAGACUGCUGUAUUCAUGAUUCUCAAGGAUGCAUAUCCUCUCCUUGCAAUGAUGGGAUGCCAAUGCGAAACGCUCUGCCCAACCCCCGGGGAUAGAUCUUACAUCCUCACGUUU